AGAGAGAGAGAGAGAGUAAUGCAAUUGCACAUUGCGACUGCUUUGUGUUUGCAAGUGUGGCCACUCUAUAGACGGCAACACCAACCCAAAUUAUUUGUUUCACUUCCAACUUCAUCUUCAUCUUCUUUUUUGUAAAUUCUCACUUUCUUUUUGAGCUUUCAACCUGGUUUCAGUUCAUUUUUUAUUUCUUGUGACUCUUUAAUUUCUUUGCCUAAUUUGAUCUAAGAAAAGAGAGAGAGAGAAAAAAGAGGAAACUGCUGCACUACACUGCAUUCUCUUACACAAUGUCAGGUUUUUAGCAUUUUACAAGUCUAUUACAACAUAACCCACUUCCCAUUUUCCACUAUUUUUUUUUGUCUAUAUCAUCAUCAACAGCAAGAAACAAGAAACAAAAACAUGUCUUCCAAGACCAAAUCUGGUUUAUCCGAAACCCCAAGCAAAGCAUCACCAGCAACUCCUAGAGUGAGUAAAUUGAGCAGAGGAGUCAAUAAGUCAGAGCCUGAUUCCCCUGCUCCAACGCAAAAUUCUCGGCUUUCAGUUGAGCGUUCCCCACGAACCAUUACUCCAAAGCCCACUGUUGAUCGUCGAUCACCAAAGGUCACUACACCACCUGAAAGACCACAGAUAAGGGUCGUGAAAGGGUCAGAGUUACAGGCUCAAUUGAGUGGUGUUCAGGAAGAUCUAAAGAAAGCAAGAGAGCAGGUAGCAUUGCUUGAGAAAGAGAAGGCACAAGCAAUCGAUGAACUGAAACAAGCACAAAAGGUUGCUGAUGAGGCAAAUGAGAAGUUUCAAGAAGCUUUGGUGGCCCAAAAGAGAGCAGAGGAGGACUCUGAGAUUGAGAAGUUCCGAGCUGUUGAGCUGGAACAGGCUGGGAUUGAGGCAGCCCAAAAGAAGGAAGAGGAAUGGCAGAAAGAGCUCGAGUCUGUGAGAAACCAACAUGCUUUGGAUGUGGCUUCCCUUCUCUCUACCACUCAAGAGCUUCAAAAAGUGAAACAAGAACUGGCCAUGACUACUGAUGCAAAGAACCAGGCAUUGAACCAUGCUGAUGAUGCUACUAAGAUUGCCGAGAUUCAUGCAGAUAAGGUGGAGAUUCUUUCAUCUGAGUUGAUCCGGUUGAAGGCUUUGCUUGAUUCAAAGCUUGAAACAGAGGCCAAUGAAAGCCACAGGAUGGUGGCGGAGCUCACUGAGGAGAUUGAUACUUUGAAACAGGAACUUGAGAAAGCAAACGGUUUUGAGGAUAAGUUGAUUGAAAAAGAGGCUUCUAUUGAACAGCUCAAUGUUGAAUUAGAAGCUGCUAAGAUGGCUGAAUCUUAUGCACGCAGUUUAGUAAAGGAGUGGAAGAGUAGGGUUGACGAAUUAGAGAUGCAGAUUGAAGAAGCAAACAGAUUGGAGAGAUCUGCAUCUGAGUCCUUAUGUUCGGUCAUGAAACAGCUUGAGGGAAAUAAUGAUCUCUUGCAUGAUGCAGAGAAUGAAAUUGCUGCUCUUAAAGAGAAGGUGGGAUUGUUGGAAAUGACAAUUGCAAGGCAGAAAGGGGAUCUCGAGGAAUCAGAGCAUCGUCUCAGUGUGGCAAAGGAAGAAACUUGUGAUAUGGUGAAAAAGGUUCAGUCUUUGAAGGCUGAGUUGGAAGUAGUGAAAGAGGAGAAAGCUCAGGCUUUAAACAAUGAGAAACUUGCGGCUUCCAGUGUUCAAAGCCUGUUAGAAGAGAAAAACAAACUCAUAACUGAGCUGGAGAAUUCCAGGGAGGAGGAGGAAAAGAGCAAAAAGGCAAUGGAAAGUCUAGCUUCAGCAUUGCAUGAAGUGUCUGCAGAAGCAAGGGAGGCCAAAGAAAAACUGUUAUCCAAUCAAGUGGAGCAUGAAAGCUAUGAAACCCAGAUAGAAGAUCUAAGAUUAGUCCUAAAGGAAGCAAACCAGAGAUAUGAAACCGUGAUAGAUGAUACAAAACAUGAAAUUGAUCUUCUUAAAAAUACUAUUGAAGAAUCCAAGAAUGAAUUCCUGAACUCCAAGACUGAAUGGGAGCAAAAAGAACAAAAUCUGAUGAACUGUGUAAAGAAGUCAGAUGAAGAAAAUUCUUCUUUGGAAAGAGAAAUAGAUAGGCUGGUAAAUUUACUUAAACAAACUGAGGAAGAAGCCUGCAUCACUAGGGAAGAAGAAGCUCAGUUGAAGGAUAGCCUAAAGGAAGUGGAAGCUGAGGUGAUUUCAUUGCAAGAAACCCUUGGGGAAGCAAAGGUUGAGAGCUUGAAAUUGAAGGAGAGUUUAUUGGACAAGGAAAAUGAGUUGCAGAAUCUUAUCCAAGAAAAUGAGGAGCUCAGAACCAGGGAAGCCGUUUCUCAGAAGAAAGUGGAGGAAUUGUCUAAAUUGCUUGAAGAAGCUAUGGCAAAGAAGCAAACUGAGGAGAAUGGUGAGCUGACAGACAGUGAAAAGGACUAUGAUCUGCUUCCAAAGGUGGUUGAAUUCUCUGAAGAAAAUGGGCAUGUGAGCGAAGAGAAGUCCAAAAUGGAGCAUCCACUACAUCAACAUGAGGAUCUUGGAAAUUCUGAGGAACAGAAUAAUGGUUUGAAGAAUGACAGUAUUCCAACAGAAGGUGCUAAGUUUGAGAAUGUGAAUGGAAAACCUAAAGAUGAGAGCAAAGAAAAAGAAGAUGACUCGGUAGAAGUUGAAUUUAAAAUGUGGGAAAGCUGCAAAAUUGAAAAGAAAGAAUUUUCACCAGAAAGAGAAACGGAACAGGAAUCCUUUGAGGAUGAAGGGGAUUCCAAGGCGGAGGGUGGUGAGGGCUUUGAUCAGAUAAAUGGUUUAUCUUUGACAGAAAAUGUAGAGGAUGGCGGGUGCUCACCUUCCAAGCAACAGCAACAGAAGAAGAAGAAGCCUUUGCUCCGUAAGUUUGGAAGCUUACUCAAGAAGAAGAGCACUGGCAACCAGAAGUAGGGGAAGAAACCAGUUGUGGCCUGACUUAUGCCCAAUUAACAGGCAGGUAUAUUGGAUAAUAUCAUGAACCUGAGUGUUUUGCUUUAUUGUUUUUGCUUCUGAUUUUCAGAAUAGGUCUAAAAUGAAGAGGCUUGUAUUAUUAUCUUUAGUUCUUUUCCCCUCAGUUUAUGUGAUUACCAUGUUGGGGAGAAUCAUGUAUGUGAUGAAGAUUUUUUUUCCCCUUGCCA